UAUGGCAGUUUUUCCACUUUACUAAUGCUCUCAGAGUGACACAGGCGUCACGGGCCCAUUAACCAUGAUUGUAACCAGCUGGUAAUUUUUAUAGGUAGCCAUUUUGUACUGCAGCUGUGGGGUGACGUAAGGAUGCUAAAUGCGGAUGGAGAACUUUAUCCUGUACGAGGAGCUUGAGGCAGGCAGUAGCUCUGUUGUCUAUAAAGGAAGAAGGAAGGGCAAUCUUAAUUAUGUGGCCAUCAUCUGCACUGACAAAGCCAAGAGACCUGAGAUCACUAACCAUGUUCGUCUCAGUCAUGAUCUGGAUCAUCCCAACAUCGUGUCCUUCUAUGAGUGGUACGAGACAAGUAACCACCUCUGGUUGGUAGUGGAGCUCUGUACAGGUGGUUCCAUGGAGUCUGUGAUUAGUCAGGAUGGAUGUCUGUCAGAAGAUGUAGUGAGGAGGUUUGGAUGGGACUUGGUCAAAGGACUGAAACACAUACAUGAAUUAGGAAUCAUUUUCUCCGACUUGACCCCAGCUAAGAUUCUACUGGAUGGUAGUGGCAUCCUGAAAUUCAGUAACUUUCGACUGUCCAAGGCGGAGGGAGAGACAGUGGAGGAUUUCUGUACUUUGCUCUCUACAGCUGAGGAGCCAGGGGAAGGAGAUGACAAGGAUAACUUUGACAACAUGAGAAAAAGAUUACAAGGUUCUCCAACUUACAGCGCUCCAGAGGUUUUGCAAGGAUCAGAAACCAGUAUGAGCUCUGAUCUCUGGGCUCUAGGGUGUAUUCUCUACUACAUGUACACUGGUAAACCUCCUUUCUGUUCUGAUAGUUAUACUGAACUAACAGAGAUGAUUUUAUAUCAGGAACCACCACCUCCCAGACAGACAGGGUUUUCAGCCAGUCCUCCCAGUGAGGACUUCCAGAAUCUUCUGAAAGCUUUGCUUAACAAAAACCGAGAUAAGAGGAUGAACUGGCCAGAGUUGCUUGACCACCCUUUCUGGACUCAAGUACUGAUGGAGGAAAAAGAUGUGGAAGAGAGUGAAGAUGACGGUGAAGAUGGGGAUUGGGAGGAAAAUAAUUGCUCUGAGGAAGUUGAUCCAGCAAGCUUGAGACAGGCAAGGAUUCCUGACCCUUUACAACCAGCACAGGCAGAUGCGCAUCACAACAGUCACUUAGCCAUCACCCAGCCGGCCCAUAAGACUUGUCAGAGACUAAUCUCAUCACAGACAAUGGGAGCAACAACUGACAGACCAUCUGAGAGAUUGACUGAACAAGUUGUCAGACACACUACCUGUGGAGCCUUAAGUAACAACCAGGGCUUGGAUAGAGAGGUGGGAAAGGAGAGAAGAGGGAAGGGGCCGGCAAUGGCAGAGGAUGACCACAAGCUAACUGGGGGCCAGCAGAUGGUCCAAACACUACAGCCCCACAAGUCAUUCACACUAGAUAAUGUAUCAGAGCUCAGGCCAAAGAGUGGUGUGGAUGAGGACAACACUGAGGCCAUUUUUCUGCUCAGCUCCCAUGCAAACUCAAGAAGGAGUUGCAGUACCUUGGACUCUCUGAAACAGAACCCAGUACCUCAGGCCAGUACUCGUACCGACAUUACAUCCUGUGUUAAAACACUUCUCCGUACUGACUCAGAUCUGACUGUCACGCCAAUAAUGGAUAACCCUAAGAUUUUUAAGAGUCCUCCUGUGCGAUUCGAUCCUAAAACCCUUUGUGUUCCAGUGUAUUCAGUUGAGAAACUGCAGUCCGUUAGUGAUGAAGACUGGACUGUCUUCAUCAUACAGCUCUGUUCAUCCCUUGAAGAACAGAAUCCCUCCACUCCUCUGUCCUCUUCCUCCACCAUUGCUCAUCCUCCUUCCACAGCCACUCGCUCCAAACUCAACCUGCUCUGUUACCUCUGCUGUGUAGCUGUGCAUAAAGUUAUUGCAAACAAGCUGAUUAACUCAACACUGCUCCCAGUAUUGACCCAGCAGCUACGACAAGCUCCUAACUGGGAUGUACGGAGCAAGGUUCUCAGAGUGAUGGGUCUACUGGCUCUGCACUGUACUGAGCUCAAAGAGGACAGUCCUGUUUCUGAGGCUGUGUCCACGUUGACAGACCUGUUGAGGGAUAAUCUGAGGAACAGUAAAGUAAAGCAGUUUGUGCUGCCAACACUUGGGGAGUUCCUCUACCUCAUCGCAUCUCAGGAAGAGAAGAGAGGCUCCCCAGAGGGACUGUGGUUCGUUCCCGCUGCCGCCUACACUGGCUUAAUGAGGAGCCUGCGGGAAGGGGAUGAUUCCAUAGUUCAUCAUAUUAUUGCAAAAACUAUAGAGAACAUCUCCACCACUGUUUCUGGAUCCUCCCACCACCUGGUCACAGCAGAGAUAGGCUCCGCCCUGUGGCACCUGUUCACUCACUCCACUGUGGAGGCUGUCAGAGUCACUGCCAUCUCCUCUCUUUCUAGGCUAACCCAGGUGGUCCCAGCAGUCUUCUUGUCAGUGAUUGACACAUGUGGCCCUGCGGCCAUCUUUGAGGAUGUGGGUGGAGCAGGGGCCAGGGUCCAGCAGCACCUGCUCACUGCUAUUGCUGCUGCCUUAGUCACCUCACGCAUCCAAACACACCGCAUCUCACAAACCAGGGAUUUGGUGUUGAAGGUGCUACGCUGUCUAGAGAGUCCAUCUGCAGUAACAAGAGGCAAAGCAUUACUACUACUGCUGCUACUAAUGCAGGACAACUCACACACACUGCUUUAUUGCUGUCAGCACAGACUUGUCAUGUACCUAGAGAGAGACCUGCGCAAAGCUACACCUCUAAGAGAGAACCUCAGCCAAUCAGGAUAUCUGUCUCAGUGUCUGGACUUAGUGAUUGUAUAUCUGAGUAGCACUGCACCACUGAUACUGGAGGAUGUCUUGUGUGCAUUGAAAGAUGUGAUUGGGAGGAGACACCCAUCUACAACCCAGAGCAGACAGCUUAAACACACUCUCCCUACAAUGUCUGUACUGCUGGAACUUCUUUCAUCACAGGUCUUUCGAUCUCAAAUUGUAAUUGAAGAGUUUCUGGCUCAGACUGGUUUGCUGCUUAACUAUAUCACCUUUAUAGAGUCCAGUGAAACAAAUCUGGCCAGUGCCGUGGGUGUAGCAGUAUGUGAGGAAUUGAUUAGGACAUCGCUAUCCAUUGCAGAAGUCCUGAGUCAGCACCAUGCUCUCAUCACUCCCCAUCAUAGUGUUGUUGUGGAUGCCAUCCUGCCUCCUCUGACAACACUGGCUUUCAGCAGAAACGUGGAGUGGUCUGUGUUUGUUUUGAGGGUGUUGUCCGAACUCAGUCUUGUCCUGCUGGCCCAGGACGGUGAUGGUCCUGAUGAAGAUGAGAAGACAGCUGAAAAAACAGAGAGAAGAGAGGAAGGAGAAAGAGCAGCAGAAGGAAGAGAUGAAGGAAACUCUUCCAGUCAAAUCUCGGCUCUCAUUACUAAAUCUCUGCUUCCAAGGUAUGAGUCUCUUCUUCGAGCAACAGAGCCUGUCCCGCUCUACGCACUCAAACUGCUGGUAUCACUGACUGAACACAGCAUGCAGAUCUGCAGGUUGAUCAAAUGCAGUAGGAUCCUACCAACAGUUUUUCAACUCAUAAUGGCUAACAGUGAUAAUGUUAACAAUGGGAUGGUCCAAAAUGCAGUUGCCUUGCUAUGUAAUCUUAGUGGAGACACAGUCUUGGAUCUGGAGCCACUACACCAGCAAGGUCUAAUAGAGGUGAUUGUAAAUACCCUCUCAGAAGCUGCAGUGAACCACUCAGAUGGAGAGGGGCAGGCCAUGAGGAAGACUGGCCAUCUUGUGUUACAGGCUCUUCUGGAACUGCUUCACAACACACUAAAACAAACAUCGGCUGUUGUUCGCUCUGCACUUCAGAGCCAGAGGCUAUCUUGUCCAGCAGUAGAGAUGGAGGCAGCAGAGAAGCUGCUCCUAGCCAACAGACCCCUGAGCCUACUCAGCACACAGCUCAUUCACAUGCUGUCCACUGAAAACCAGGAGGUAUGGGAGGAGUCUAUUCAGUGUCUGUCCCUAUUGGUCCAGCUGUACAGUGGAGAGGGUCAUGACUGCCUGUCACCCUCUUGCCUGCAAAGCUUCUCACACACGCUGCGUACUCACAUGCAUACCGAGACCCUCCGAAUACAGCGCACAACCCUUAGGAUCAUCAAACGACUGGUGCAGACUACAGACAGAUCUGAUUGGUUAGAAUGUCCUGAAGGGGCGGAGCUUGUGAGUCAACUGCGAGAUAUGACUACGUCCAACAGGUGCACGUUUCUGCUCGUGUGUUUAAGUUUGUGUGUGUAUCAUAGAAAAUAUCCAUUAUUAAAAUAAUGAAAUAUUUUUUCUUCUUGAUUUUAGUAUAACAGGCAUUUUGCAAUACAGACAAAUUAAUUAGACAGUGGCAAAACAAGACUUUUUAGAUGUCAUGGUGUGCAGCUGUGUUUGGUCUGGUGUGUAUACAAUACAUGUCUGUCCAUUUAAGGUUCUCAUUUCUAUCUGUAGUGUGUGUAUGUCUGUAUGUUUGUUAUUGGUACCUCAAAGGAUACCACUAACAAAUCAUUUUGGAUUUUGACAUGUCUCCUCCAGCUCUCUCCCUCAUCUUAUUAUUUUCAUGCAUGUCUGAACAUGUCUGUACUACACAUGUCAAAACUGAUCUUUUUCUAGUUGUUAAUUGAAAGGAUGCAAGCUUCUAUGUGAGGCAUAAAGUGUCAGCUUAAUGCCUCAUAGAAUUAUGAUAAAAGAUUAAAUGUAUACAUUUAUUAAA